CCGUUGAUCAGUACAUGCUUCUUAUAUAAAUAUUUCGAAGUAUACGCUACUACCCUGCUGUUGAGUACUGCCAUUAGUUACAUAAUAACUUACAUUAGUAAUGAAAGUUCGUCUGGGUAGAUAUCCGACCGCAUGUCAAUUUGAUGUUAACAGUUCCGUGCAUUUAUUUUGUAAUUUCAUUUAGAGGAACAGAGUUUCUUCCUUUGACUGCCGAGAGCUGCACCACCUUUCUGGAAACUGUGUGUCGAUAUUUGCUUGUAGAUUAUCUAGACAAAUAAUUAUCAGAAUGCAUUGUUCGACUCCCUUCCUCCUGGCGUUGAUUCUCAUGUGUACAACAAGCGUUUUAACUUCGGAAUCCCCACAUUUCCCAGCCACAGAAACCCAUAACAACUCCCAACGUUACGUCCGUAAUUUCGGAGGCGGUGGUGGAGCCGGCGCAGCCGCCAGCAGUGCCGCUGUUGCGGGAUCGCUGGCCCACGGAGAAUGGCGUCUGCCGAUAUACAGAUCGAACAUUUCCAAGAUUUUUAAAGCGUCUGUUGGCUAAUACCAUCGGGCCCGUUUUCCAGGAUGAGCCAUGCUGGCACACAAGGGGAUCACGGCAGCGCCGUGUUUUCACCGGCUACUAUGCCAUUGGCUAAUCCAGCGCUGCAAGAUUCCCGAUCUGGACUACCAAACCGUCCCACGCCCACUCGAUCGAAAAAACAAUGAACGACGGCCGACUGUAGAAGUCUAGAAGCCUUGUCUUGGAAUUUUUAUGGCGCGCAAUGAGUUUCAUGGAAAUGAAAGUUGAAGUUCUGUCUACUGUACACGUUUGAGUGUGUACUUUGUAGUUUGUUAGUUUGUAGUUUGUACAUAGCGAUGUAUAAAAGCGCGCAACCGGUAUACUCUCUGUUUUACACUCGAGUGACGAGUUGUUUACAGCCUACUAGCAGCAAUAUCCGAAUUAGAAUUUAAGAAAUUAAGAGCAUGAACAAAUUAGUAUUGAUCAUUUUUAAAACUUAAAGCAUUUAAGUAUCUACUAGUUAUAUUUUCGUUUUUAAUUCUCGUGAAUCGUGAAUUUAUUCCUUUGUCACUUUUCAUGAAAUCCAUGAGAUCUAUGCCACAGCGUGUCUAUACAGUACUAUUGACUCGUGAAUAUCGCUACAACAGAGUCUGAGCAGGCACUGACGACUGCGUAAAGUUGACAUCGGAAAUUCCCAUUUUCCACUGCUUUUCAUGACACAUUGGACUUUGAUCUCUGCAUUGCUCGUAAUAUUUUCGUGUAUUUCAUAUUAAAACGAUUUUCCGAAAUUCUGGAAACGUCGAACUUGUAAUCCGUAAUCUCCAUUCAAGUCCUUUCUGAUCUUCCAUCUCCUCCUGGCAAUACAGUGCAAUCACUGAAUUAUAAUAUUAAUUCUUCCACGAUGCCCAUGCAGUUUCUCAAAUCCUACGAACCGCGCAUCCUCUUCUUCCUCACUUUGCUGGGCUGCGUGGUCUCCUUCAUCGGGUGCCAUGACGCCAAGAUCUGGGUGCUAGAGGCCGCCCCCGUCCUCCUGGGGAUCCCCUUCAUCGCUUUCUACUUCAAGAAAUUCCGCUUCACUCCAUUACUGUAUCGUCUGCUGUUCCUGGGGUCCAGUAUGCUGCUGGUGGGAGCCCACUACACCUACUCCCGUGUUCCCUUUGGGCUGUGGCUGCAGCGCACGUUCUUCCUGAAGCGCAAUCACUACGAUCGGAUCGGGCAUUUCUUCCAGGGAUUUGUCCCGGCCAUUUUGGCGCGGGAGGUGCUACUGCGCAAGGGAGUGGUGCGACACGGCUUCUGGCUGUCGUUUAUCGUCGUCUGCGUCUGCCUGGCUUUCAGUGCGUAUUAUGAAGUACUGGAAUGGUGGGCGGUGGCGUUCAAGCUGGAUAACUCCGGGGAUUUCAUGGGCGCCCAGGGAGACAUGUACGACGCUCAGUGGGAUAUGUUUUUGGCGUUUGUGGGAUCGUGCAUGGCGUUGGUAUUUCUCAGCGAGGAACACGACUACGAACUGAGCCAAGUCGUCGGGAUCAAACGGAAGCAGUACUAGGAGCUGCGGAUCAUGAAUAAAAAUUAUGGAGAAGCCUAUCAUCGUCCCAAAUUCUUCCUCUCUGGAGUGCAGUUAAUAGUUGCCAAAUUACGGUAGAUUAUUUUAGGUUUUUUAGGUUUUUUAUGUUUUCAGUGCGGUUGUCCCGAUUAUUGCUGUUCAUACCUGUGAAAUUAAUAUCGGCAGCUAGCUUCCUGUUUUUACUGUAUUUUAUUUGUUUUAGCUUUUAAUGGAUCUGUAUUAAUUUUGUUGAAUUUUCCUUUUAUUGUAUUUUCUUGUAAGUGCCUUGUUGCUUGUUUGAAACGGUCGUUUCAAGUGAAAUAAAUUGUUUCUGAUAAA